GGAGCAGUUGGUGUUUUGAGACUAAGUGGUCCACUUUGCGAUAGAAAUUGCGCUUGGCCCUCGAAAAAUCAAAGUCGUAUAUAAAUUAGAAAAAUGUUGGUCGAAGGGUGUUUGGGUAGUUGCUACAAUGACUUGCCUCAGCCAGAGUUUGUUCUCUCGCCGGAGGACUCUGAGCUCAACUACUUUUUGUGGAUGCCAGGGUUCAAGUACCAGCCCACUCUGCAAAAGAAGUUGACUACGCUCAAGUCCAUGAGUUCAAAUUCUGACAGUACAAUUGAAGACGUUCUAGAAGAACUGAUUGAGGUUGAUGAGAUGCAGAGCAAAUUCAAUUCUAGGGCCUCGAAUGGAUUUUUGAGUGUGCAUGAAGCAGGAAUGUUGGCAAGGGAGUUGGGUGCCGUGCCGUCCAUGGGCGAUUUGCUCGAAUUUGAAACUACUUUUGGAAAUGCAGUGAACUUUGAACAGUUUAAGGAAUUGUGUGCAGUGUCCAUGUACUCGAAGGAGAAUGCAGAAUAUAUCUUGGGGAUCCUCGAACAGUUUGCAAUGGGCAAGAGUGAGCUUCAAUGGAAGAAACUCGAGUACAUUUUAACAAACUAUGGAGAGCCUCUGACCGAUGCAGAAAUGGCUCAGGUCGCCAAGGUGUUACCACUUGCCAAUAAUGCUGUCGAUUGUAAAAAAAUGGCCGAAUUGGUGGCCUGAAUUGAUUCAUGUC